AUGGCACCUUAUUUACCAAUCCCAGUGCCAACUUGGACAACAACAGACACCCCCUCUCGCGUGGUGGCACGGCAAGCUGUGACCACAGUGACCGUCGUCGCAACCAAUGACGACUGUGUGAACUGCACCCAGCUCAGCGGCGGCGCCAUCGCCGGCAUCGUCAUUGGCUCAAUCUUCGGAUUCCUCCUCUUACUUUGGAUUAUCCGAUCAUGCUUCAACCUCGGGGCGCCACCAAAGGACCGGGAGAAGGCUGGGAUGAGGAGCCGCGACACCAACACCACCAUCAUCGCCACCACCAUCGCUCCGGCUCAGACCGGCGCGGGCGCAGCCGAAGCUACCGCGCAUCUUCUACCUACUCAGUCCCGGCGGUUGUGA